GGUGCUUUGUCUCCUUCUUCGAUUACUCCGAUCACCUAAAAACUCUUUCCUUUUCUUCAAAGCAUUUCUCUUUGAUUCAAAGACAACACACAUAGCUUACUUGCUACAUCAAAUCCUCGCAGAAAAAAAAAACUUCAGAUUUCGAGAAGAUGGGAUCUGGUCGGAGCAAAUCAUGUCUAGGCUCGUCGCUGGCAGCGAGAGAAGUUUCUGACGUGGCUCAACCUCCUCCGUCGUCUUCUAGUGGUGGUGGAAGGAGGAGAAGAUCAAAGAGUCUUUUUUGUGGUCUUCACUCUUCUUGUCUUGCUUCAUCUUCGACUUCUCAUGAUAGUGACGAUGAUAAUGAUGAACAGGUGUGUAAUGGAUGGAUGAGGAAGAGUCAUGGAAGUGUUUCACGGCGUAGAAUGGAGACAAGAAGAGAUGCAUCAGAUUGCUAUGAUAAAGAAUUGAAAGAUGAGAAGAAAUCUGAAAAUGAUAGACAUUGUGAUGAGCUUGAGCUUGAUGAUGACUGUGGUGUUGAAGAAGAAGAAGAGGAAGCUAGUGUAAGCAAUGUGCAGAGGGGAAAUGUUACCGGUUCGAUUCAAGAAUCUUCUACUCCUGGUCGAGUUUUUUCGCAUUUCAAAUUCAUUCCUGGUAACAUAAGCUCUAGACUUAGCAGAGCUUCAAGCUCAAGAUCCUUCAACACUACUUAUCCAGUCUCUUCUUCUCCUCGAGAGGAAGGUGUUACUUCACCUUCAGAAUCUGCUAUUAGGCUCAUUGAUAGAAUCGAGUCUCCGAGAAUACCUGUGAUUGACAAUGUAGUUAGAGAUAUUGAUGCCAUGAGAUUUGAGGAAGAUGGUAGCUUACGUUCUCCGAGAGUAGUUAAUGGUAUGGACAGUCCUUAUGCUGGAAUUCUUGAUAGAAGACAUGUAGUUCGGGAGCCUUCCAUUGAUCGGAAUGUUAGAUUUAGCAGAACUCUGAGUGUUGGAAGACUCCGUGACAGAGUUCUUCGCAGAUCUUCACUCUCUGAUUUCGCAUUCCGUCCCUCGCCACAUCAGGGAGAAGAAGAUACUGAUCUCUUCUCUGCUGAAACGGCAGCAGCAGAGGAUACUCCUGUGACUUCAACGUCUAUACUAAAUCGAUCCGCUUCUAGCAUUCGAAGGACCUUAUUUGGCAUUCAAGAUCACGAGACACCAGCUCCUCUUGUGAGAGAAGGGAGGUAUCAAGGUUUAUUAGAACACAGAUCAGAUUUCCUUGAAAGGAGGAGGAGAAUAAGAUCGCAGGUUCGCGCUCUUCAAAGAUUAGGAAGCCGGUUUGAGAAUGUCGCAGUCCAUCAUGAUAGAUCUUGUGUCUUAUCAGGUCAAGAUCAAGCAGGUCGUUGCACAUGCCGCGCAGUUACUAACCGUGGUUCUACAACAGCAACAACCGAUGAAACAAAUGCAAGAGCUAGCAUCUCAAGGAUAGUAUUGCUAGCUGAAGCUCUAUUCGAGGUUCUUGAUGAAAUUCAUCAGCAAUCUGUUGUCUUAUCCUCUCAACAACCAUCAGUAUCAUCUAUAGGAUCUGUUCCUGCACCUAACGACGUUGUGGAUUUAUUACCGAUAAAACUUUAUACUAAGUCACAAAGCGAGGAUCCAUCACAAUGUUACAUAUGCCUUGUGGAAUAUGAAGAAGCAGACACUAUAAGGACACUUCCUUGUCAUCAUGAAUUCCACAAAACCUGUGUGGAUAAAUGGCUCAAGGAGAUUCACAGAGUAUGUCCCUUAUGUCGAGGAGAUAUUUGUAAACAUGAUCCAUCAUUGGAACAACAUUGAUUACAGUCUUAUAGACAUAAUGCUGAAAGAUUUUGAUUCUAGAAGACUUACAAGAGACCAAGAACAUUCAUCAGUUUUUGUCUGCAACUGAAUCAAAGAUGUUGUGUUUUGCUUGUUGUUUGUAGCUUACACUGGAAAACAAAAUUCAUACUUUAAAAGAUGUAAACUUAUGAACCAAAUUGAUCCAGCAUAUCUGUAAGAAAUCAAGUAAAUCCAUUGAUGUUGUGUGUUUCAUGAGCAUCUUUGUUUCUGUAUUGCAACUUCUGUCAAUGUGGUCAAAGUUAGUAGUAGACUAGUAGCUAUAUAUUCCCAAAAACAUGAACCCUUAAUUUAUAAAAUUAAUUCUUUAUU